CAACGUAUGGUCAUUGUCUUCAAAAUGGCGCUGUACUGGAUAGUUCUGGCUCUGGUCCUGGCUGCUGGGGAGAUGGAGGCGACAUCAGAACAGUCCAUACUCACCAGCCGUAUUGCGGCAAUUAUUGGGAAGGAUUUUGAGAGUUGUCGGGACGAGGCUCAAUUAACCCCCGAGAUCAUGCAAGAAUGGGCCCAAAUCUGGGAUUAUGACUACGAGCUACAGAGAGAGGUGGGCUGCGCCAUCUUCUGUGUGGCCAGGCAGGCCUCCUUACUGCUAGAUAAUAAUCUCGUGGAUGAGGACAAGUUGUUAGACGUCGUGAAGACUUUUAUUAUUGAUGAGGAUUUUGCACACAAAACAGUAGAUCUGUACAUGAACUGCGAGAAAAAGUACAAAGACAUUGAAGACAACUGCAGCCGCGUCACCAAGACUUUCGGCUGCUACAGGGCCGACGUCAAGGAGGCUGGCUUCGCGCCCUACGUCGGCUUGAUCCAAGAUGCCAUGAAGGAGAUUUAAGACCCAACGGUGGAAAUUGAACUUCGAAAACAUACUGACAGGAUCGACUUAUGUUUGGCUUAUAUCUGAUUUAUACUACUUGCGUCUAAUGAAAAUUCCUAUGAUAGUUCCUACGAGUCUCUUUCGGCAAAAAAUAUUGAUAAAUAAAUAAAUAAAUA